CGGUUUUUGUUUCUGGGGAUCUUAGAUUUUUCUCAAAGGUCUCUCUGAAUGCAACUCCGUUCAUCAUCGUCGUCGUCUUCGAGGAGGGGAUGGCUCAGCAGCAUCUCCUCAAUUUCCUCUCGUAUUUAUUUCUUCCUUAUCUUCCUUCAGAUCCCACUUUUCAGGAUAUCAUGCAGAUCUGGAAUGUGCUCAACUCCAAUUCAUGUCACAUCUUCCCAGUUGAUUGCAAGUGACAUCUUUCCUGUACCUGUGAUCAAGGCAAUCCUCUAUCCGGGGGCCAUUACUAAUGGUCUUGUCAAGAACAUGACUAUUCCAAGCUGGGACAACCUGUUAAACAUCUAUAACUUAACCAGUGUAAAGGAAUCGUCUCCAGUACCUGAUCUCCAGCGCUUAGAGGUCCUGGCAGGAAGUUACUUCUGCGUAGCAGGAGCACUUGUGGGACUUCUAAAACCUGGAAGAAUGAGCAUGUUUGGGACACUUCUUGUAAUAUGGGGUCUUGUCAAGGAAGGGAUCAUAGGAAAGCCGGUAAAUACUGAUCCUACCAAAGCUGUAUAUGUAUAUCCGACGAUGGUGCUUGCGCUAAUUUGUGCCUUGUCAUCGAUCAAGUAUGACGUGAAGAAAGUUAUGAGAACUGCCCCUGCACGACCGAUUGCAAAGCCUCUGCAGAGCUCUUCCAAAUCUAAGUUGAAAUGAUUGGGAAUUUCCCCCCAUUUUGAUGGAGUGAAAAGCUAUUUUAAUCAUUUCCUUUUAUACGAACUCUUGUAACCAAUCAGCUGAAGUGUCUUUCCAUAGAAGUUCCGAAACCUCAUUUUCUGCUUCGAAUUAAUUAGAGUCAUUAGCCGUUGUCUUCUGGAGCU